AUAAUUUAUUAAUAAACCAUAGCACUGCAGUGGGGGUCAGGGGAAUACGUUUAUUGAAGUUUCUAACAAGGAAGAUAUUGAGUUAGAAAUCUAUACAGGUUUAAGAUAAAUGAGAGCGUCAUGCUGAUUCAACAGUCCAGAAGAUAUGAAGUCAAUUCAAGGAUUGGGUCUUGAACAGAACCCCAUCCCUACCCCAGGAGAGCAGAACACCACUUCUACCCCAAGAGAGCAGAACCCCAUCCCAACCCCUAGAGAGCAGAACCCCAUCGCAACCCCUAGAGAGCAGAACCCCACCCCUACCCCAGAAGACCAGAACCUCGCUUCUACCCUAGGAGAGCAGAACCCCACCUCUACCCCAGGAGAGCAGAUCACCACUUCUACCCCAGGAGAGCAGAACCCUACCUCUACUCCAGGAGUGCAGAACUCUACCCCUACCCCAGGAGAGCAGAACCCCAUCUCUACCCCAGGAGAGCAGAACCCCACCCCUACCCCUAGAGAGCAGAACCCCAUCUCUACCCCAGGAGAGCAGAACCCCACCUCUACGCCAGAAGUGCAGAACUCCACCCCUACCCCAGGAGAGCAGAACCCCAUCUCUACCCAAAGAGCAACCACACCACAACAGACUCCCUCUGUAACCACACCACAGCAGAACCCCCCAACGAUACCCCAAGAAAAUCCCUCCUUAGCCAAACUACAGCAGAGCCUCCCCAUGCCAGAACUAAACUCCCUUGCCAAAUCUCCUACCAAUUCUGAUGUAACAGAGGAAGAUAGUGACAUUUCAACUAGUUUCAUGGAUCUUAGCUCAGACUCAACAAGCUGUGAUACCUCCAGGGUCCUCCUUCUAGAAGAAACAAUAACCUCUCUUAGGGCUUCCUUAGAGAAAAGCAACAACAUAUGCAAACAGCAAAAACUACAAAUAGAAAAGCUGAAAAAGGAAAUUAUAUCAACUACCAAGAAAAAUGAUAAACUCAAUAGUAAGCUCCAGUCCAAGAUGAAAACUGCUGAAAGCGCUACACAAUGGCAAACUGAUGACUUGCAGAAAGAUAAUUCAAAACAGAUACAAGAGGAAAAUAAAGAUGAACAAUCUGUACAACCAAUACCAAGACAAACACCAAAAAUGCUAUACAUUGCAGCCAGUAAUGGCUAUGGUAUAUCAGCAGCAAUAAACAGUCAAUCAAACCAAAAAAUCGUUGCCACUGGGAAUGUUCAUGGAGGAGCAACCAUAGAAUUUAUCAACUCCACUAUUCCUGAAACUGUUUGCCGAAUGAAACCUGACACUGUGGUUGUACAAUGUGGAACCAACAAUAUCACCGUCGAAAAUACAACUACAACAAUAUCUAAAAUGAAGUCUCUAAUCACUACCCUCAAAACAACUAGUAACACAAACAAGACCAAAACAGCUGUCGUAGAAAUACCUUAUCGGAGAGAUAAACCAGCCUCGCACAAGCUCAACACCAAGAUUGACGCCAUAAACUCAGCUACCCAAUCAGAAUGUAAGAAGCAAGACAUACACUUCAUUAGAAUCAAUACAACUGACUAUAACAAGAGCAUCCUAGGGAGACAAGGGCUACACUUCAAUGUUAAGGGACGACAGCAUGUAGCAAGGAAUGUACUCAAAACUCUGUACCCUAACAAUAUAACCCGGAAUUUCAAUGACACUAACAUACCAAAGCAUUGCUCCAAUAACAGUAAUACAAAUCAAAUGGAUACUUUGGACCCUAUCUGGAUCAACAGAAAUGUAGUGCAAUAA